AUGUCUCAGGGAUGGGGUCUUCCCCCCAGAGUGGAGGAGGGCCAAGUUGGUCCUCCUCCCAAGCCGAGUAAAACACCCGGUGGACCGCUGGCCUUCAGGCCGAUUUAUCUACUGGACGAGGCGGGACAGAUGUUGGAGCGUGUCAUCGUGGACCGCCUCAUCCAGCACCUGUCCUCAGAUGGGCCGGACUUCCACGAUAGGCAGGACCUCGCCUAUCCGGUACAGGGCGGGGUCAUUGGCUGGCAGAUCAUGGAGCGCGGUGUCCCGCAGGGGUCGGUGUUGGGACUUCUGCUGUGGGACAUCGCGUUCGACAGGGGACCUGGCCCCUCGGGUCAGAAAGGCGGGUCUGGUCUUGGCCAGACUCAUGCAGACCCAGGGGGUCCAGGGUGGCACGCUCGCCGCCUGUAUGUGGGAGUGAUCCUCUCGGUCGCCGUCUAUGGGGCGCCGAUAUGGGCGACCCAGCUCCUGGCCACCGCCCAAGGCAGGAACCUGCGUCAGGCGCUGAGGCCGGUGGUCGUGAGGGCAAUUCGGGGGUACCGCUCCGUGUCAUAUAUGGCGGCGACGACCCUGGCCGGUUCUCCCCCGGUAGAGCUCCUCGCCGAGGAACGGUGUUUCCUGUAUUGGCGAACAAAGGAGCUCCGCGAAAGGGGGCAGGAAACGGCCGGAGGUGUGGCGGCCCUGACGUCUCAGGCGGCUGCCCGAACUCUGCAGCGAUGGGCGGACACGAUGUCCGCUCCGCGAGAGUUCGGGUAG